ACCGCCAAGCCAGACGUGGAGUGGGAGACUGCGGCUUCCUCAUCCGAGGAGUCUGAGAAGGGGGCCAAGGGCUGGAUGCACCCAGCAGCUCCGACAGCCGCAAGGUCGACAGGUGGACCAGAUGGAGAGCUACUGGCAUUGAUGAGGGACUUCAUGGCAGGACAGCAGCGGAGAGAGGAGAACCUGUUGGCAGAGAUCCGAGGCCUAAGGGUUGCUAAACCACGGACUGACCUGUUGCCUCGGCGUGCCACCCAGCCCCAUCGAGAUGGUGACCAAGUACAGCCUGCUCCGAACCUGCACAUCGCAGCCACCCCAAGCACACUGACGGCAAGCAGUCCCAGACUUAACCUGCCAACACCAGCACCCCCGCGUGGGCGCCAGGAGACACCAGCAGAGGCAUCCGAUCACCACUUUUCAGACCUGGACAACAGCCCAGACCAGCCAAGGUCAGAGUGGAGGCAUUAUAACGAACCAAAAAUGCCACAAUAUCAGAGGGGCGAGGACAUUGAAAACUAUUUAUUACGUUUCGAGCGCAUUGCCAAAAUGUGGAAAUGGCCGGAGAGCGAGUGGGCAUGCAGACUCGUUCCACUGCUGGCGGGGAAGGCAUUGGAGGCCUACACUGCAAUGGAUGAGGACAGAGCACACCACUAUACUGACCUGAAGGCAGCGCUGUUGGCGAAAUUUGACAUCUCUCCAGAGACCUACCGGCUGCAGUUCAGAUCAACGAAUGUACCACCGGGCGAGAGCCCCACCGAGACCUACCACCGCCUGAAGGGCCUCUACCGACGCUGGAUUCGGCCAGGGCAGCACACCAAGGAGGAGGUUGGAGAGGCCAUCAUCUUGGAGCAGUUACUCCGGGUACUUCCUUUUGAGGUGAGGACCUGGGUGAAGGAGCAUGAGCCAGCAGAGGGACUUACAGCUGCCAAGCUGGUUCUGCAGUACCUCAACGCUCGGAGAGGAGGACCAGCUACACAUUUCACCAGUGCAGCACGCCGCCCAACACCCCAGCCCAGGCCUGCAAGGAGAGAGGAGUGUCCAGGAUUGCCAUGGACGUUGUAGGCCCUCUAGUGAAGAGCAGCGGUGGUCAUCAGUACAUUCUGGUCGUGUGUGACUAUGCCACCCGUUUCCCAGAGGCCUUUCCCCUGCGCACCAUCACCGCUCCCACUGUUCUGCGUGCUUUGGUUCAACUGUUCUCCAGAGUGGGGAUACCAGACGAAAUCCUCACGGACCAAGGGACCAACUUCACCUCCAGGUUGAUGCAGCUCUUCCAUAAACAACUGGGCAUCUCAGCAAUCAAGACCACCCCAUACCACCCACAGACUGACGGUCUGGUUGAAAGAUUCAACCAGACACUGAAGAAGAUGCUACAAAAGUUUGUGGAUGACACUGGCAAGGACUGGGACCGCUGGUUGCCAUUUCUACUCUUCGCCUACUGAGAAGUUCCCCAGGCCUCAACAGGUUUCUCCCCAUUUGAGCUGCUAUAUGGCUGGGAUGUACAGGGGCCAUUGGAUCUGGUCCAAAAGGGCUGGGAGAGUCCUUCCACCACUCCAAGUGACAGAGGCGUGGUGCAGUUUGUGUUGGAGAUGAGGGAUCGGCUGGCAAGAUACCAGGACGAGGCAGAGGUCAACCUGCGUGAGGCCCAGAAAAGCCAGAAGACCUGGUAUGACAAACAGGCUCGGCACCGUGAGUUCCAGCCUGGCCAAAAAGUCUUGCUACUUCUCCCUUCUUCCAACAGCAAGCUCUUGGCGAAAUGGCAAGGACCCUACAUCAUCACCCGCAAGAUGGGCCCAGUCACUUACGAGGUCCAUCAACCUGAAAAGAAGAAACCAGUACAGACCUACCAUGUGAACCUACUAAAAGAGUGGAAGGAGCGUCCGAUCCAAGCACUGAUGGUGAGGGAGGUGGACAUGGAAGAGGAAGAGGAGACCGAACUGGAAACCCUAUCUAAGACUGCUACUCCUGUGCUGGCACAUCUUGCACCAGAGCAAGCUGCACAGCUCCUCCAGGUUUUUCAGGAGGCUCGUUCCCUCUUUGCUACCAGCCCAGGACAAACC